GUUGCUUUGGCAUUGUUCCCUCUUCUCUGUUCAGUAAGCUCUAGUUCAUCAUGUCAGACGUUGGCUCUGAAGACUUUGACGAAGAGCAAGGCUCUCUGGGGGAGUAUGAGGGAGACAGAAAUGAAGCUGGAGAGAGACAUGGACAGGGCAAAGCUGUCCUGCCGAAGGGAGACACUUACCAAGGAGCUUAUGAAAACGGCAAGAGAUGUGGCCAGGGGACGUAUAAGUUUAAGAAAGGAGCCAGAUACAUUGGAGAAUGGUACAUGAAUUUAAAACAUGGACAGGGUAUAUUUUAUUACCCAGAUGGCUCCAAAUAUGAAGGAAGCUGGGUGGAUGACCAGCGGCAGGGUCAUGGUGUUUACACAUACCCCAAUGGAGACACAUAUGAUGGUGAAUGGCUGCACCAUGAAAGACAUGGGCAGGGUACAUACACACAUCACGAAACUGGGUCUCAGUACAUGGGCACAUGGGUCAUGGGAAAGAUGGAGUCCACCGGGGAGCUGAUCCAUCUGAACCACAGAUAUCAGGGCAACUUUGUCAAUAAUAAUCCCUCUGGUCCAGGGAAGUAUGUGUUUGACAUUGGCUGUGAGCAGCAUGGAGAGUAUUUCCAGUUAGAGCCGGACAGAGGAGAAGCAGAGGAAGAUGAGACUCUCAUAAGCACCUCCUUAAAGUGGAAACCCAAGGCAGUUACUGGGCUUUCUGUUUAGACCAAUGAGAAGGAUUCUGCCACCUCAGAUCAGGCCGUGGUGGAAAAGUGAGAAAGACAUACAGACAGUGAGAAACACAGAACACCAAAAGAUGAUAAAGGAAAAGAGGACCUCCGGUUAAUUAUACCUGCACACAUCUGACACUGUCACUUCUCAUGUUUAGCGACAUAAUGGGAUCCCGUAUCAGCCUAAGAGUUUCUGACUGUACAUUAUCAUGCUUAUUCCAUGGGCUCUUGACAAAUAAAUAAAUGGACAUGAACUAUUUGUUUGAGUUUUAAUGAAUUAAUCAUAUCAGAAAAAUGAGACAUGAAACGUGCCACGUGAUGAUGUAGGAAAUCAGUAGUUUGUGUCAAGUGUCGGUUAUACAGUUACACUAAAUAUCUGACCACAGAAUGACCAAUCAGAGUCAAGUAUUCCAGAGACUGUAAAGUCUAUUUUCACAUGAUUUGGAUGCGCUGUAACUGAAAAGUGUUGUAAUUUUAAAACCAGCAGAGGGCGCAAUA